AUGUUUUUCUUUUGUUAGAUACUUCAGGUUCUGGCUGGUGAUUACAACAGUUACAAAUAUCUUGUUGAAAGUAUCCGGAAAUUUCCUAGCCAAGAGGAAUUCGCUGCAAUGAUACGGGAUGCUGGUUUUGAGAUGGUGCGUUACGAGAAUCUAACGUUCGGUGUGUGUUCUAUCCACAAAGGAAGGAAACCAAGGAAGGCGGUAGGGGAAUCAUAG